ACAGCUGAAUGACGCAAUAAGCGUAUUCAUUUUGUCAAUAAGUUAAAACAUUGUUUUAUACAAAAUAUAAUAACAAUAUUAGAUAAUAUUGUAUCUAUUCAUAUUUUAAAACAUAAACAAAUUGGCAUUAUCUUACAAAAGGUAUUGAAAAUCAUUUUAUAUGACUAUGGCACCAAGAAAAGACUCAGGAAAAUCUGCAAAGAAAAAAGGAAACGAUGACGAUGAUGAAUAUAGAAAGAAACGCGAAAGAAAUAAUGAGGCUGUCAAGAAAAGUCGAGUAAAAUCUAAACAGAAAACUUUAGAGACCAUGGAUCGGGUAGCAAAAUUGAAAAAUGAAAACCAAGUGCUAGAAGACAGAGUGCAAACUUUAACGAAGGAGCUAUCAUUUCUGAAAGAGUUAUUCCUGCUGCAUGCAAGCCAGAAAGGCGAACAAUUGAAACCAAGUGAUAUUGCAAGAGUUCUUUCUGAUGAUGUUACGGGUUCUUCAACUGCACCUACAACCAGCAGUAGUUCAGAAAAAACCUAAAACCUAGGUUAGGAAUAAAAAUUAUAUUAAUAGAGUGAACUCAGUAUCUAAGAUGUGGUGUUAAUAUUUAUGUUAAGUUAGAUGAGUAUGGAAACAAUAUUUAUAAUAUACAUAUAUUUUAGUCAUUAUUUUAACUUACCGAUUUUCUAAAGAUUACCAUGAUGAUCAUUGGGCAGUCUAUUUCACUUGUGCCAGAAAAUAUUCAUAGAGUGCUAAUAGAACAUUCUUUAAUUGAGUCUAAGUUUUCUUUUCAAAUUCAGACAUUUGUUAUUAGUUAACAAUACUUCUUGAAGUUUUUGUUGGAUAACAGAUAUCUUAAAAAAAUGUAGUUUGUUGUUAAUGAGUUCUGGAAAACAGUAUAGUCUAUUAUAUAUACCUAUAUGGGAAACCAAGGGAUUCGAAUCAUUCAAAUCAAGUCUUAUGUAAGUCCUUGAUAUUUUGACUCGAAUCAUCGUGACCGACUCCUGAUGUGAAUGUGAUGAUAUCUUGAAUGUGAUGUGAUUUGAAUAAUCUCAUAUUACAAUGAAAAAUAUUCAUUGAGGUCACGUAUACCAGACAAAUUGUCUGACUGAGA